ACGUGACCGUGGAGGAAUCGAUAGAGGAACGUCCCAAUCCACUGAUUCCCAUCGAGCAUGUCGUUGCCUUCGCCCCGCAAAUCUCCAUUAGCCAAGAAGAUGAAAGGAGCCUCCUCCCUCUUGACGUACUUCCGCACGCCGUUCUGGUCGGAGCACGUCACGUCGACGUUCAAGUCGACGUGGGCAGAGGUUGUCGCGAACGUUCAAACCGAGUCGUGCUUUUAUGUCGAACUCGACGCCGGCGCGGCGCCAUUGACGGUCGAGGAAGAAUCCGCGCUCACAUGGUUGCUCAGCGAAACGUUUGAGCCCGAGAAGUACGGAUCCAAGCCGUUCUACCCAGCGCCUGCCAAGGCGUUGGCCGACAUUUGGGUCGUCGAGAUCGGCGCCCGCUUGAGCUUCAGCACGCCGUGGAGUAGUAACGCGGUUUCGAUUUGCCAUGCUUGCGGUCUGACAAAGAUCAAGCGUAUCGAGCGCAGCCGCAUCUUUCAUUUCCAUGGCAAGGCCGGCAAGCUCACGGACGCGUUCAAGUCUGCGUUCCUCACCGCCCACAUGGAUCGCAUGACGGAACAAGUUUACGAAACGCCCCUCACGUCGUUCGGCAUUGCGCAGGCGCCCAAGCCUGUCCAGCGCGUGCCCAUUAUGACGGAAGGCAAGGAAGCGCUGCGAAAGAUCAACGCCGAGAAUGGUCUCGGGUUCGAUGAAUGGGACUUGGAGUACUACACCAACUUGUUCAAGGAAAAGCUCAAGCGCGACCCGACCGACGUCGAAUGCUUCGACAUGGGCCAGUCCAACUCGGAACACUCGCGACAUUGGUUCUUUGGCGGCAAGAUCGUCAUCGACGGCGUGGAAAUGCCCGAAACUCUUUUCAAAAUGGUCAAGUCGACCUUGACGGACGCAAACAAAGGCAACUCGAUCAUUGCCUUCCACGACAACUCGAGUGUAAUCAAAGGCGCGCCCAUCAAGACCCUUGCGCCUUCGCACGUCGGCCACCCGUCUGCCCUCGAAGAACGCCACUUGACCAGCCACGUCCUCUUGACCGCCGAAACCCACAACUUCCCGUCCGGCGUCGCGCCCUUCCCGGGUGCUGAAACUGGCACGGGCGGCCGUAUCCGCGACGUCCAAGCCACUGGCCGCGGUGCCCAUGUUGUUGCCGGGGUGAGCGCAUACUCUGUUGGCAACCUGCUCUUGGACAACUACACUCUCCCCUGGGAAGACAAGAGCGUGGGAUAUCCGUCCAACUUGGCACACCCCCGCGACAUUAUUGUUCAAGCUUCAAACGGAGCGUCGGACUACGGCAACAAGUUUGGCGAGCCCGUCGUAUCUGGGUUUGCUCGCUCGUUUGGGAUGGUGCUGCCCAACGGCGAACGCCGCGAAUACAUCAAGCCGAUCAUGUUUUCGGCUGGGGUCGGGCAAUUGAACGCGACGCACUGCUCCAAGGGUGACGCGGAAACCAACAUGUGGGUCGUCAAGGUCGGUGGCCCUUGCUACCGCAUUGGGAUGGGCGGUGGAGCUGCCUCCAGUCGCAUCCAGGACGCCAAGACAGCCGAAUUGGACUUUAAUGCUGUCCAGCGUGGCGACGCCGAGAUGGAAAACAAGAUGAACCGUGUCAUCCGAGCCUGCGUCGAGUUGGGCGAUCGCAACCCGAUUGUGAGCAUCCACGAUCAAGGUGCUGGCGGCAACGGCAACGUCCUGAAAGAAAUCGUUGAGCCCACAAACGGCCACGGCGGUGGCGCUCGCUACGAAGUGCGCAACAUCUUGAUCGGCGACGAAACCUUGAGCGUUCUUGAAAUCUGGGGCGCCGAAUACCAAGAGAACAACGCGCUGUUGCUGCGCCCGGGCGACGUCGACCUCUUCCGCACGAUUUGCGAACGUGAAAACUGCCCGUUCUCGCUCUUGGGGCAAGUCACCGGCGAUGGCCGCGUUGUCCUCCACGAUGCCCUGGACAACUCGACCCCCGUCGAUUUGGAACUCGAUCUUGUCUUGGGCAAGAUGCCCCAAAAAACGUUUGUCGACAAGACAGAGUCGACGUCGUUUCUCCGGGAACUGGUCUUCCCCGUUGACAUCACGGUCCCGUCCGCGCUAGGCCGCGUCCUCCGCCUCUUGUCGGUGGGUUCCAAGCGCUUCUUGACGUCCAAGGUCGAUCGGUGCGUAACAGGUCUUGUGGCGCAGCAACCUUGCGUCGGACCGCUGCAUUUGCCUCUGGCCAACGUCUCUGUCAUUGCGCAGUCGCAUUUCCGCAGCCCCGAAACCGGCACGUACACGGGUUGUGCGUCCGCUGUUGGGGAGCAGCCCGUAAAAGGGCUGGUCAACCCUGGCGCGAUGGCGCGCCUCACGGUCGGCGAGUCCCUUACCAACUUGGUAUGGGCAUCGCUGUCUGGGUCGUUGGUCGACAUCAAGUGCUCGGCCAACUGGAUGUGGGCAGCCAAGCUCCCUGGGGAGGCUGCGCGCAUGUACGAGUGCUGCAAAGCCAUGACAACGUUUAUGAAGGACGUCGGUGUGGCUGUCGACGGCGGGAAGGAUUCGUUGUCGAUGGCGGCCCGCGUCGAUUCGGAAAAUGUCAAAGCUCCUGGCACGCUGGUCGUGACAAUGUAUGCUGCUUGCGCCGACGUCGAAAAGACCGUCACGCCCGACCUCAAGCCGCACGGUGGCGACCUCUUUUACGUCGACUUGGGCCAGGGCAAGUAUCGCCUUGGCGGGUCGGCGCUUGCCCAAGUGUUUAGCCAAGUGGGUCGGCAAGUGCCAGACGUGGACGACUCGACGCUGUUUGUGAACGCAUUCAAGGCGAUUCAGACGUGCGUGCACAACGGGUGGUUGAGCGCUGGCCAUGAUCGAUCGGACGGGGGUCUUCUUGUCGCCCUCUUGGAGAUGGCCUUUGCCGGCAACGUCGGCGUUCAACUCAACAUCCCAACACCCAACGCGUCCCCGUCCAAAGUGGUCACGCUGCGCGAACAACUCGGUGUGCUGUUCGCCGAAGAGCUCGGGUACGUUGUCCAAGUGCCCAAGGCGCACCAAGCCGACGUUGUCGCGCUGUUUGACUCGCUCCGCGUCCCGCUGGUGCAUGUGGGCCACGUGACUGAACACGACCAAUGUGUCCGCGUCCAAGUCAAUGGCCGCACCGUCCUCGAAGACACAACCGCCAACUUGCGCGACAUUUGGGAAGCCACGUCGUUCGAGCUCGAGAAGCGCCAACGCAGCCCCGACCAUGUUCAGCAAGAGCAGGACGGCCUCAAGCACCGCCGCAUCCCGCCGUGGCAAUUGACGUACGAACCGACGCCGCCCAAGGCGAUUUCGACGCGCCACCAACACCGCGUCGCCGUGUUGCGCGAGGAAGGGUCGAACGGAGACCGUGAAAUGGGCAGCUCGUUUUAUCUCGCGGGAUUUGAAGUGUGGGACAUCACGAUGCGCGAUCUGGUCGCGGGCACGGUGGCGCUCGACGAACGCUUUCGCGGGGUCGCGUUUGUCGGCGGGUUUUCGUUUGCCGACGUGCUAGGAUCGGCCAAGGGAUGGGCUGGUGUGGUCAAGUACCACCCGAACGUCCUCGCGCAAUUCAAGGCGUUCCGCGCGCGCGCCGACACGUUCAGUUUGGGCGUGUGCAACGGAUGCCAGUUCAUGUCGCUCUUGGGGUGGGUGAAUCCGCCUGUGACGGAGCAACUGGCCGUGGAAGACUCGAACCGCGCCGGGGAUUUGAACCCGCGGUUCAUUGACAACGCGUGCGAAAAAUACGUGUGCAACUUUGUCACGGUCCAAAUCCAAGAAUCGAACGCGGUGCUGCUCAAGGGCAUGGCCGGCAGCUCCCUUGGCGUUUGGGUCGCGCACGGCGAAGGCCGCGCGUAUUUCCCGGACCCGCGCCUCCUCCAGAACGUCCUCGACAACCAGCUCGCCCCCGUCCGGUACGUCAACGAUGCCAACGAGGUCACGGAAGCGUACCCGUUCAGCCCGAACGGAUCGCCUCACGGCAUUGCCGGGCUUGUGUCGGACGACGGCCGCCACUUUUGCAUGAUGCCGCACCCCGAGCGCACGUCGCUCAAAUUCCAGUGGCCGUACAAGACCAAAGCGAUUCAAGAUGCCAAGGUCAGCCCGUGGUUGCAAAUGUUUCAGAACGCCAAGACGUUUUGCGAACAAGUCAACUAGACUAGUCGCCGUCGUCGUCUUGACGAAAAAUAUACACAUCUUGGUCGCUGGCGUGUUUGUUUGCGACGUUGGAGGUA